AUGCUGUUGUACGCCAAUCGAAAGGAUAUCAGAAUCUUUAAUGCAAAUUCCAGAAAUGAAAGUGUAAUAAUUGAUCAUUUAAAUGACGCCAUAAAUGCCGUGGAUUUUCUCUUCGCAGAAGGAAUUAUAUUUUGGGCUGAUGUUAAUUUGAAAAAAAUCAAACGAAUUCGCGUCUCCACAGGAGAAGUUGAAGAUGUUAUUUCAGUUGGUUUGAAAAAACCUGAAGGACUCGCCGUAGAUUGGAUUGCAAGAAAACUGUAUUGGACCGAUUGUAGAGAUGCUGAAUUGGAAACAAAUAGAAUAGAGGUCGCGAAUUUAGAUGGAUCUAAUCGUAAAGUUCUCUUUUGGAAAGACUUGGGUCCUCCAAGGGCAAUUGCUGUCGAUCCGUUAUUGGGGUAAGAAUGACUUAUUCUUUUAAUUGCUAUGUUGAAUAUUAUUUUGCCGAAUACACAUGUCCUUGCAAAUUGCUUACUCUCUUUGUUAGCGUCCCUAAUUGCUGCAAGCUGCUCUUUAUACUGUUGGAAAACUGUUGAGACAAUUUUUUGUUUCAAUUUGUUUAUUUUUAUUGAUGUGGAUUUCCUCUAGAUGCAGAAGGAUUUUUGUUUUGGACUGAUCUUAGCUUAGACCAAAUGGAAUGAAUUCGUGUCUCCGCGACAAAGUCGAGAGUCCCGAAGGACGUAUGUGCUUAUAGUCAAGGCAGGUCAAGCAUACCCCCCAAGAUGGCAUUAAUGAAUCGAUUAUUUGAAAAAUGAUUCUGUUAGUCGUAACCUCAACCGGUCUCAAAUUCAAAUCUGCAUUCCUCCUUAAGGAGCCGUGAGUUUUUCACGAUACUGGCUCCUCUGUAUUCGGUUAGAUUAAAAAAUCUUUGAAUGGACAAAAUUGUUUUAAAGACAUUUAUAUCAAAUUCAAGAAAACUGAGCUGCCAGACAUUUCAUGACUACCUCACUGCUCGUAAGCAGGAGUGUAGAGAUAAAACUGAAAUCUACAAUUACCAACGGUUCAGCCUUCGAAAAAUAAAUUCAUUGAUGCAAUCUUGGGGGGUACGCUUGACCUGCCCUGACUGUAAAGGAGGUUUCAGGAACAGUUCUGUUUUUCAUAUUUAAAAGAUUUUAAAUCAAGAGUCAUUUUAUAAAAUUUCGAAUUAAAAUUUUAGAACAAACAAUCAACGGUCCGGGCCAUAACCAUCUUUGGAUACUCGAUGACGUCAUCAAUAAGGGACCUUAAGCAACCAUGACGACGACGGCAGUGUAAAAAUCACUAAAAAAAUGAAUUUGCGUCGUUUCAAACUUUAUCGCGUCCAUUUGGAACCGUUCAAUUCGUCAAAUGUAGGCGACGUUUCCUGGAGUUGAAUUCUUAAGGGCUUUAUCCAUCUUCAAAUAGAGAACGGCAAAUUUGUCGUAUUAUUUCCACUUCCUCCCGAUCCAUUGAUAAAACGUCGUAUUGGGAGGUUUCACGUCGUAGUCGCGCAGUGGACGUCAAAGAAAUGUACAAAAAACGUGAUGCCCGUUGUUGUCGUCAUCGUCGUCGUCGUUUCUUAAGGUCACCUAAUGGCUUCUGGUGCCGACAUCGAGGAAACUGAUUUACUAUUCUUAUUUGAGUUUAGCGGAUUUAGUCCUAGUCCUCACUUAUUCCAUGAAACCUUGCAAAAUUAAAGGCAAAGAGUGACUAAACCUACAACAAGCGAAUAAGAAAAGCGUGAUUGUAGAGAAAAAAGUGAUUGGAGAGGGAAAUUUUGUGGAAAGGCCGAGCAAGGGGGCUUUCUGCGAGUGCGCCGAUUAAGGAGUCUCCUAUCUUAAGUGAACGUUUUCGAUAUGUUGCAUUUUUUGGUUUCUACAAAAUAUUUUCAAAUCCUUGAAUAAAUUUGCUUCCGAUUUGGCAAAAUUCUUUUCGAGUUCCCAAGAUUUACGAUCGAGUGCUCGGACGUUGAUGUAAAAUGUAAUUUUAAUGUAGCUAGUUAGUUAAUUUGUAAGACAGCAUUUUAAAAUGAAAAUUACCAGGCAAAUUCAAUAAGCAGCCAUUACGGCUGACAAUCGCGCUGUGGUGUUGCAUGCGGACUAGUUUCAGGUCGUUAAGACCAAGGAUCAGUUAGUGUUUGAAUCGCCUCCUGUCUAAUUCCUUUUUUUUUUUAGAGAUCUGUUUUGGACAGACUGUGGCGGAGAACCCAAAUUAGAGCGAUCUGAAAUGGACGGCUCAAAUCGUCGGGUUAUUAUCCGAAGAAAUAUUCGUUGGCCCAACGGGCUAACAAUAGACUACAGUGCACAGAAGAUAUACUGGACAGAUGCGAGUUUAUUUUAUAUAGACAAAGCCAAUUAUGAUGGUUCAGAUCGUCAGAGCAUACUCAGGUCAGCUCCUAACCAGUGUUCACUGGAACAUCCGUUCGCUCUUGCUUUGUACGCUGAUAAAUUAUAUUGGACAGACUGGAAAAAAAGAGGGAUUCUCUCAACAAACAAGAACAAUGGACUGCGGUGCCCAGUAAUUAAAAAGUCAAAUACUUCUCCAAUGGAUAUUCGUGCCUAUGUAGCCAAAAGGCAGGUACCCAGGCCCGGUAAGUGUUUUGUUCUUGAAUACUCUUUUAUCCGUAACCUGAGAAAACAGCAGAUAUGUAGCGACGCUAUCACACUAGCUUCCCCGUUAAAUGACGUCUGAGAAACGAGCGCAGAAAUUCCAUACAGAUGACGGGUCACUACCCAUCCUUGGAGACCCAGGGGUAGUCAGUCGGGCCGGGAGAAAAGGUGCGACGAAAGUUUUCAAGCACAAGCAGAAAAGCCCCUGGCUACCGACUCUCAUCGGACCAUUUUCAAACGGUCAAGCGAAUACUGGCUCCUGAUUGGACCCAAGAAAUGCAUUGUAUCAUUGUGCCCAAUCGACGAACAGCAUCUCCUGAGUUCUUUUUGUGAAUUCGUACACGACGGCUAUUAGGGACUUUAAGAUCCAGCGACGCGACAGCAACAAGAAAGUCGCUUAAAAAGUGAAUCUGAGUUCUUUCAGUCUUUUUCGCAAUUAUUCCCACCCACUUACUUUGUCAAAUGUAGGCGAACCCUCCUGGAAUUUAAUUCCUAGGGACCAUAUCCAAGUUCAGAAAGAGAAAUAAAAUUUCGUUGUUGCUUCUUUACGUACUCCAUAAAACGCGAAGUUAUGUAUUUUCACGUCGUAGUCGUGCAAAAACGGGCAAAGAAAUGUACAAAAAAGCGUGAUGCACAGUUGUUGAUAACGUUCUCGUUGCCGUCCGCGUCGUUGGAUCCGCCCUAUUGACUCGAUCAAGGCUUGUCUAGCUCAUGCACUAAAGAAAUGCACGCAGUCAGGAAACUUUCAGAUUAAUAUAAAUUCUCCAUUUCAAAAUACUGUCUACCCGAAAACUAAAGAUGCUUUUCCAAAAAUACAAGCUUGAGCUUACAACAGGCAUUCACACUUGCAUCGAUCACGCCUUCGUUAAUAUUAGAGAGUUUACACGACAGCUGACAGCCACGAAAACGUCGGAUGAAAAGUGAAUUCACAUUUUUUCAGUCUCUGUUGUGAUUAUUCCACCCUGCUUACUUUGCCAAAUGCAAGCAAAAUCUUCUGGAGCUGAAUUUCUACCUGCCAUAUCCAAGUUCAUAAAGAGAAAGAAAAUUUUGUGAUUGCCUGCAUGUUUACGUCCUUCACAAAACGUGAAAUCAAGCAUUUUCACCUGGUAGUCGUGCAGUGACGGCAAAGAAAUGUACAAAAAAGCGUGAUGUACGUGCAAAAAUGUUGUUUUUUUGGCCUUGUCAAGGAGCGCUUACCAUUUGUAUGGAAAACCCGGUAAUUCCAGGGAGAAUUCAGAUGGAACGGUUCAUCCCGGUGGAAAUUUUCCCGUUUUCCCGUUUUUACCGAUACGACCAAAAUAUUUGGUACCAUUUGUCUGCUCAGUACCUGGCGUGUCUUGAGGCGGAAAGUGAUUUGUUUCAACCCAGGCCCACUCGUUAUCUGGUGUUUUGCAAUGGUAUAACUCUAACUCACUCCUCUUUUCGGAAACGUUUUCAAGUCCAGUACCAUUUGUCAGAAACUUUUUACCGAAAUUUCCUUACAAAUGGUAAGCGCUCAAGCUAUUGCUUUUUAUACUUUCUCAUCGCCGCAGCAUCUUAAACUUCCUAUUAUUUACGAUACAUUGUGAUCCGUCAGAAACAGAAUUUUCUCAGUGCAAAAUGAAUUGCUCUUGCUGAUAGCAUCCGAAACGUUUUUUGACUCAUCGGUAGUUCCUUCGUUUCUGGUUAGGAAAGCUUAGGGAACGAACCGGGCAACUGUGGCAAGAUAAUAGACGUCGUGUACGAACUCACGAAAGGAACUCGGGGAAAACUGUUCGCCGAUUGCACACAAUAGUACAAAGCAUUUUUUGUGCCCAAUUAGGAGCCAGCAUUCCCUUGACCGUUUGGAAAUGGUCCGGUGAGAGUCGGUACCCAGGGGCUCUUCCGCCCAUGCUUGAAAACUUUCUUCGCGCCUUUCUCGACUGACUGCCUCUGGGUCUCCGAGGAUGGUCACUACCCAGAUCUGAGUAGUGCUUCUGAUUAGUUGAAUCAAAUUUCCCACGCGGCACAACCAAUCAGAAGUACUACCCAGAUCUGGGUAGUGACGCGUGAUCAGUAUGGAAUAUCUGCGCUUGUUUCUCAGACGUCAUUUGGCGGGGAAACCAGUGGUAGCGUCGCCAAAUGUCGGCUGUUUUCUUAGGCUAGCGAAACUGUUGUCGAUUCACUUUGACUGUCAUUUUCUUGGUGACAGAUUGUGUACUUUAAGGAGAAAACUUUACAUUUUUCAACGUAUUGAUUUUAUAGAACGAAGGACGGUUUUGAUUUAUCAUACUACAUAGCGGACAAAAUGUGAAACAAAUACCAUUUUUGUCCGCCUUGCCUGUCUUACAUCCGUCAAGCAAUUUACUCCUAGAAAAAUCCGUAAGUAAGACUUCUAUGUAUCAUUGUCCAGGGACCUGGCACAGCAUAUUACAGAGAAAUAAAGACCAUCCAUCGACUGACAACGGGUUGUGAUCGAAGGUUACAAGCUAAAAAGAGAAUUUGGUCGAAGUGCUCGUUUUUCUUCUUGAUCUACGAUAUUUUAACCCAUUCUUGGGGUAACCCAUUUCCCCAAUCACUUCACGCUAAAAGAUAGGAGGAUACCACAAGCUUUGAAAACUAGAUUUUUGCAAUUAGUAUGCAUCAUGUCUGUGAUCACUCCCAGAAACAGUGGCAACAAAUUUUAUGCAUUCUUUUCAGGUAAAAAUCCUUGCAGUUCAAGUACUAAUGGAGGUUGCAGUGAUUUAUGCUUGCUUAAUAAUCGUGGUAAAUCAUGUGCCUGCCCGACUGGCGUGAAGCUUUUACCUGACAACAAGACUUGUGAGCAAGGUAAGCGGCGGAAACUUUGAAAGCGGUUUCUUGGUUACAUGCACCUCAUCUGCGUUUAUUUAAAUUCGUAUUCCAGCGCUUGAUGUUUUUUCCUUCGGAGCACAACACUCAUUAUAGAAUUUUAAGAAAUCAAGUUAAGUAUUUGAGACUUUUUUCAUAGACUCACCAUUUUUUGUGUUAGAACAUCUCUUGUUUGAAGACGAUUCCGUCAUGUUAGUUAAGUCUACAACUUUUACCAAUCCAGCCCAAAAUAGUUUUUGUGGCUAAGUAAACUACAUAAAUUUCGCUUCCACAGAUUAUUUCUAUUCCCUUGCGAAUUUUGGCAGCGCAGUGCUGCACUUCGGUUCAAACAGAAAUUUAAAGAGGCACAAACGUUUCAGGGAUGAAUAAAACUAGAACGCAUUAUUAUUGUCAAAGGGAGGGAAACAGUUUUAUCUAUGAAGGGGGGCUUCAAGAAGUACUCUGUAGCCUAGGACAAACGUCCAACUUUUCAUGAGACGAACCAAAAUCUCAUUUGGGAAUUAUGCACUCUUAAAGUUUCUAGAUGUAAAUAAAAUAAAUGUGUUUGCCAGCCACCAUGUUUGUUGCAUAGUUACUGAGGCGUUCUUACCAAAUUUAAAGUAAUUUGGGGGAGAAGCAUAAUUUCUGCAUUUUUUGCAAAAAUGAGCAUAAUUUGCAGAAAAUAGAUUUAAUUUUAGAAAUAUACGAACACUCCUAGUAGCAUAUUAUGCUAUUUUUGGCAGCACGAUCUAUCCAAGCCUAGCUAUUGCUUCGGCGUACGUCGCAGGUCCCGUGCACGUUUUGAUACUGGUUAAGGAAAAGGGAAUUUGCGCCGCAUAUUCCUGGACACACCCGACCUCACUGAUGUUGCCAUGCCAGUUUCUGGUCUCUUACCAUAAUGGCCAAAUUUCAGUUGUAAUAGGUGAAAGGCACAACUUUCAGUACUUCGUUUAGAUUCAUUUUGUUACAGGUCCUGUACACUUCCUAUUAUUGGCACGUAAAGUGGAUAUACGACGUAUUUCACUUGACACACCCGACUUCACUGAUGUUGUUAUGCCAGUUUCUGGUCUCCGCCAUGCAAUGGCGAUUGAUUUUGAUCCUGUGGAUAAAUUUGUCUAUUGGAGCGAUGACGAAAAGCUUGAAAUUAAAAGGUCCAAAAUGGAUGGAACAGGUAAGGCUACACGUUGCAUUUUAUAAGUUUUGCCACGGGCCUCGAUUGAAAUAAUCAGGUUCAUUUGGCGCUUACUGUUACAAUUUGCAUUCUGUCCUCUCCCUGAAAGUUUAUUUAAUUUUGGCUUCAACAGAACCUCCUACUAAGGGGCAGACAAUUCCUGUUAGAUGCAUUGUACUAGGUCCCGUUAACAUUAAGAAACGUUGUUCCAGCAGGUAGAAGUAAGGGUCACUCGCCUAACUGAUCGAACAACUCUAGCUUUUCCUACGUUUUCCUCACAGAACUUGGCAAAACGUAUACAUGAAUUUGUCACAAAGAGUCGGCUCGGCUAAAAGGGUGACGCCCCUAGGUGAGUCAUCCUUUUGUGAUGGUAGGGUCGCCCUCCUUUCCGUGCCAACGUUUCUCCGUAAUAACACUCUUCUCUGACCGCGGCAGGAUUAGCUCAGCCGGUAGAACACUUGUCUUGCAAAGCGGGAGACCGCGGGCUCGAUUCUCUCUGGGCCGUACCAAUACUCAGGGACUUAAACUAAAUGGAAAUUGAUGGUACGGCCUUUGCCCUGAAAUGGCUACACCCUCGGGUGGCUCAGAUGACCACGUAAAAUGGCGGUCCCGUCUCCAGUAGGAGAUGUAUAAGCUGAAUACAUUGACACUCACAUAAAGUGCAGCGUGUGCCCAGCUUGGUCAACCCUGUCAAUGAAUUAAAGCAUGCGCAAGCAAUGCUUUUUGACAAGACGCAAUCUCGUUCCCAGAAGCUGCAAUCCUUUUGGUCAGCACCAAGGAUGCCCGUUCCGCUGGACAAGGGUACGAAGGCUUUCGGGACCAGAUUGACCCAAGCGCCAUUGGCUCUGGCAAAGGGUUCAACUCAAAUGAACUGUCGCUAAAGUUAACUCGGCUGGUAGGGUCACCCGUCUGGCUCGUACAACUUCGCUCCAUAUAAACGGGCCUCAGCUAACACCUGGCAUGCAGCUGAAGUAGAGCCAUUUCUAGCUUCAUGAGUGGCACGCUUUUUAUGUUUGUUUGAUUACCUUUGUUAGGUGUGCAAGUCUUAAUCAACAACGUUAGUCAUCCUGAUGGUCCUGCAGUUGAGUGGGUGGCACGGAACUUGUACUGGACUGACACAGGCACAGAUCGAAUUGAAGUCAGCAGGUUGGAUGGUUCGUCUAGAAAGAUCGUCAUCUCUGAAGACCUAGACGAGCCAAGAGCAAUAACACUGCACCCUUCUCUAGGGUAAGCUGGUUAUUAUGAGUCUACGGUCGUAAAUGAUGAGGUCUUAAGCACACCGAGUGAACUUUGUUCAAAAACUCGUCCUUUUUUUCAACAUCGCACUGGUGUUCCAACCGCUAAUGAAACUGCAUUGCAUUUCAGUCAUUACGCUGCUAAUAAGGGACAAUUUUGACACUCCCAUCAAGCAAUUCGCAAGACAUCCCCAAUGUUUCAAUAUUCAUUAGUCUAGUGACCUCGAAUACAGGAUUAGACACUGCUACGCUGAUCAGAUCCCUAAGAUGCUAUACGUACUGAAAAGAAAUGCUUAUUAUGACACUAACUGAGAAAACACACUCAGGAACACAGAAAAACAAGCUUGAGCUAAGCUUGGCUAAGUGUUCGUCACAAAUAAAUCGUGAUAAUUAAAAGACUACAUGUACAUGAAAAGACUGAUCACACAAUUUCAAGGCACGUAUUCAGUUAACGUUAUUUUUCGACUGGCCAAAACCCCGCUUGUAACCUCUCUUCUCAGGUUUAUACAGUGAAAACCUAAAUUCUGUUUCUCUGGCAGGUAUAUGUUCUGGACUGAUUGGGAUAAACAUCCAAAGAUUGAACGAGCAGAACUGGAUGGUAGUUAUCGUAUUACUUUGGUGAACACAUCGGUGGCUUGGCCUAAUGGCAUAACCAUUGAUUUCCACGAACAAAAACUCUACUGGGCUGAUGCCAAGUUGGACAAAAUUGAAAUCAUGAGCCUUGAUGGAAGCAACCGUAGAGUAAUUCUCGACUAUAAACUGCCAAAUGUGUUUGAGAGAUCGUUUGUUUUGGACAGAUUGGCAAAGACGUGCCAUAGAGAGUGUCAACAAAAAGACUGGUAA